CAACAAAAACAUGUUAAAAACCACCUUUCGUUUUUGGUCUUUUGGUGAAAACCAUGUGAAACGGCAUAAACUUGGCUAGCCGUGAUUUUUACCUUAAUGAAGUGGUUUUUAAGUUUUUAUACUUGGUUUCUACAUUAAAUACAUUAUAUAAGAGUUUCCAACACUUGGUUUUCAUUUUGGAGAACUUUGGUUUUUGACAUCGGUUUUCGGCGUUGGCUGCCAAACCAUGGUUCUGGCAAACCAUCCCAACAUGCAUGUCGGAAAUCCCAACAGCGAUGUUGGCAUUCAGAAGCCCUGGGCAGGAGGUUUGUUCCCUUGGUUGUUCGAAGGAAGGGCAUAUUCCUUCGAGUUGAAGUCUUGGAGUGCGGUAUCUCCGAGCAAGUAUAUUGAGGCUCGUGGGACUCGAGUUCUGAGCCUUUACAAGCACGAAGAAUCUUCCAAGGUCAUCGACGAGAUCGGGACCUUUGGCUUCGAGAGCGGCCAGUAUCAAGAGCACCGGGGGUUGAAUGGGAUUAUUCAAAGGCGAAUCCAAGGUUUUGAGCCCAAGGCCUUCUCCCUGCUCGAGCUUCAUGAUGAGGAGCUGGUUCCUCUUUUCAAAGGGAUAUGAAGUGAUGGACUUUUUUUUCUUUAUAUUUCUGAUGUAAGAACCUGCCCCCGGGCACUUGUACAACAUUUUUAAAUUUCAAUGAAGUCAGUUUUCCAUUUUGUGUGUUGAAUGCCUUCUCUCUACGUUGGAAUCUUGUAAAUUCACGUGACUACACUGGUUUUGAAAAGAUUUUUUCUACUUUAAAUCUAUUGCCGGGUAGAUUUAUAACGUAUGCAGCCCGGCUGAAUCCACUAUGUCUAACGUAUGCAGCCAAGUCUUUUCGACAGACUGACCAAGUGUCCGGGAAGAGAUGGAGUUCGACCGAUCUCUUUCCAAAUGAUUUCUGGCCUAAGAAAGGACAGUUCACCAU